CUUUAAGCUUUGCAAACGUGGAUAAAAACCGCGCCAUUUAUGCGCUACACGACGCGAUUCGCGUGAUUUUCGACUUGUCAAAGCGCAGCUGCCAGCACCACCAGUCACGCGGCGCGGCGCCUUUUCGAGGCACCUCCUGCAGAGCGUACCUGCCUGUACGCGCGUCACGAGCCCCGCAGCAACGGCAUGCGAGUCCUCCUCACAAUAGCAGCGCUGGCCGCCGCGCAGGACGCAGAGCCUAGUGGCGACUACAAGGAACUGCUAGAUCGAGUCGCUUUAUUAGAGGAGCGGUUGCGACUCACGAACAUACCCGAGGUCACGGACGACGAGAACGACGAACGAUCUUUAUUAGAACAGUUCACGGACGCGGCGGGCGAUUUCAUCGUGAAUAGAUUGCUACCUAGGAGCGAUGCCCAGUGUCGCUGGAAUUAUGCCAAGUCCGUGUGUGUGCCGCGCUGCGAGUGCUCGUUCCAGCACCGCGCGGGGGAUCUGACGCCGUCGCGGGCGUGUCGACUGCGGCCGCCCGACUCGUUUCUCCAGGAAGAAGUGUGCGACCCGGACGUGAGCGGUGAACGCGGAACUUUCGAGAAAGUAGCUGGUCUCAUCGCCGUGCGAAGUGAAAGAGCCUUUGAUCAACUCCUGGGCUUUUUGAGAGAUGCGGCGCCGGACACGUCGGUCGAGUGCGACUGGCGCUGGGCCACGAAAAAGUGCGAGCCGGUCGAGAGGUGUCAUCUGAGGUACCGCUUCGGCGACUUCCAUCUUGGGCGGAGUUGUCGAUUGAGGCCGCCCCUGGACGAUGGCUUCGGCGAGCUCGACGAGGACUUCGGCAGGUUGGACGGGUUCGAUACUGAGGCGCCGGAGGCGGAGGCGGACGAGCCGGCGGACGCGGACUUUGGAAAGCUGGACGCGGACGAGCCGGACGCGGCCGCCGCGCCGGCGGACGCGCCUGGCGACGUGGAGGCUGGCGGCGGCGGCGAGGAGGAGGAGGCUGUCGAGGAGGAGGCAGCGGCGGAGGAGCCUGCACCAGACGAGGAGCCUGCCGCGGAGGAACCCCACUUACGAGGUGCCGCGCCGUACGGCCUCGGCGACGACGACCGCGACGCGACGUGGUGAUAAUGGUUUACUGUGAAUCUUCUGAUAGCUAGUCCGGUU